UGAGGAAGAAGCAAAAAAGAAGAUUUACUCUGUUUGUACAACCACAUACACAGGGUUUGGUGCUUUGAUUUCUGAAGAGCUUUCCUACAAAGUUAAAGGUCUACCUGGUGUUUUGUGGGUCUUGCCAGAUUCAUAUCUGGAUGUCCCCAACAAGGAUUAUGGAGGGGAUCUGUUCGUAGACGGAAAAGUCAUCCAUAGGCCACAAUAUAGAUUUAAUCAAAAUCAAGGUUCUAGACCCAGGCCUCGACCUCGUUAUGACAGGCGCCGGGAGACGAUGCAAGUAGAAAGAAGAGAACCGAUACAAAGAGGAGCCUGGACACCCAAUCAGCAACCUCCUGCACAACCAGUGUCAAUCGAAGGCCAGAAUUUCUCUCAUGGAACUGGAGGAGGUCCAGCAGGAUCUCAGGGAAACAGUGGUUGAAGCUUCUAUGCCAAUUGUUAAACGCUAAAAUCUGUAGUAAUGGGACUAGGCCUCAUAAAUUGUUCGUUUCAUGAGUUCUGCACUGUGUUGUUCUGAACUUAGCGUAAGGGCAAAUUUUCCAAAUGAUUGUAAUGUGAAUAUUUUCCCUGUUCACAUGAAGAGCAUUAAUAUAGUAGGAGAUGAAUCUUCUUCUCUAAUUUGGCUUUGGACAAGUGUUUGCA